ACAAUGGGUACUAGUAACAAGGCCAUCGGAAUCGACCUCGGCACGAAGUACAGCUGCGUAGGGGUGUGGCAUAACGACCGAGUCGAAAUCAUCCCAAACGACCAAGGCAACCGAACCACCCCUUCCUACGUCGCCUUCACUGACACCGAGCGCCUAAUCGGCGACGCCGCCAAAAACCAAGUCGCCAUGAACCCACAAAACAUUGUUUCCAACACCAAACGCCUCAUCGGCCGCCGAAUCUCCGAUCCCUCCGUCCAAUCCGACAUCAAACUUUGGCCCUUCAAAGUAGCUCCGGGUCCUGGCAACCAUCCCAUGAUCGUCGUCAAUUUCAAAGGGGAAGAGAAGCAAUUCGCUGCCGAACAAAUAUCGAGCAUGGUCUUGGUGAAGAUGAGGGAAACGGCGGAGAAUUUUCUUGGGCAAUCGGUGAAAAAUGCCGUUAUUGCGGUCCCGGCGUAUUUCAACAAUUCGCAGCGGCAGGCGACGAUUGACGCUGGAGCGAUUUCGGGAAUGAACGUUGUGAGGAUUAUUAACGAGUCGAACGCGGCUGCAAUUACGUACGGGUUCGACAAGAAGGGUUCAAUGAAAGGGGAGCAGAACGUGCUGAUUUUUGACUUGGGUGGAGGAAGUUCCGAUGUUUCGAUUUUGACUAUCGCAGAGGAGGUUUUCGAAGUGAAAGCUAUGGCGGGGGAUACCCACUUGGGUGGGGAGGACUUCGAUAACAGAAUGGUGAAUCAUUUCGUGGCGGAGUUUCGGAGGAAGCACAAGAAGGAUGUAAGUGGAAACUCAAGGGCGUUGAGGCGGUUGAGAACCGCUUGUGAGAGAGCAAAAUGGACUCUAUCGUCGGCUCCUCAGGCAACGAUAGAGAUCGAUUCAUUAUACGAAGGGGUUGAUUUUUACCCCACGAUUACCCGGGCGAGGUUCGAGGAAUUGAACAUGGAUUUGUUUACAAAGUGUAUGGAGCUCGUCGAGAAAUGCCUUCGCGAUGCGAAAAUCGAUAAAAAUUUGGUUGAUGAAGUCGUCCUUGUCGGUGGGUCCACCCACAUUCCAAAGAUACAAGAAUUACUGCAGGAUUUCUUCAACGGAAAAGAGCUAUGUAAGAGUAUUAACCCAGAUGAGGCCGUGGCAUACGGGGCUGCAGUUCAGGCGGCGAUUUUAACCGGCGAGGUGCAGGAUUUGUUGUUAUUGCUCGAUGUAACGCCGUAUAGUUUGGGGUUAGAAAUGGAGGGUGGGGUUAUGACUGUUUUGAUUCCAAGAAACGAGACGAUUCCAGCUAAGAAGGAGCAGAUUUUCUCGACGUUGUUGGAUAAUCAGCCUGGUUUUUUGAUUCAGGUUUAUGAAGUGGAAAGAGCGAGAGUUAAGGAUAAUAAUCUGCUGGGGAAAUUCGAAUUGACUGGAUUUCCCCUUGCGCUGAGCGGGGUCCCGCAGAUCAAUGUGAUUUUCGAUAUAGAUGCGAAUGGGAUUUUGAACGUGACGGCGGAGGACAAGACGGCGGGGGUACUAAAGAGUAGGAUUACGAUAACGUACGAUAAAGGGGGGUUGAGUAAGGAGGAGAUUGGGAGGAUGGCGGGGGACACGGAGAAGUAUAAGUUGGAGGACGAAGAGGCGAGGAGGAAGGUGGAGGCAGGGAACGCGUUGGAGAAUUAUGGUAUCUCUUCUUCCAUUUUUUCAUUUCAUUAGUUAGUGAGAUAUACUUAUACUUAGAGCAUGUACAUUAAGGAAAAUGUAUUUUAGCUACCCAAUAAUUCACUGUUUUUAUUUUAU